AUGGAACAAAAAUAUAGCCUUCCAGAUUAUUUCACAGCAUCUAAAGAUAUAGGGGAAAGACUAUCAGGACAUAUGUUUGUAAAUUGCUUCAAUCUUGUUGAUAUUUGCCAUAUUUUAGAUUUGGUCCAAUUAGAUAUUUUUCAAGCCACAACACUUUUUACAGAUUGCAAAUCUAAAUUCAAAUCAUCACAAGCUUUUAAGAUAUUUCAACAUACUAAAGUUGAUUUAGGAACUGAAAAUUCUUCAAUAUUAGAAUUCUUAACGGUUUUGAAUAUGAAUUUGAAAUCUCCUAUCAUAAAAUCACUAUACAUCUAUAUAAAUCAACUCAUAGAAUCAAAUAUCUCAAAGCAAAAUGAAAUUAACGAAUUAAGAGAAGAAAUUCGCAACAUACGCGGACAAAAUCGUAGACCUGAAGAUAGAGUAGUUAUUACUUCCUACAAACCUGAUGUUAAAGCAAAAAAAGAUCUAUAUCUUGAUACAUUAAAAAAUCUUGCAGAGCAAAGAUCAAAAGAAUCUCCAAAUUCAACCGUGAGCGCUGACUUCCUCAGAAAAGCAGAAAAAAUACUGAACGGGCUGAACACAUUACCUGGAAAAGAAAUUCCAAUAGAAUCACAGGAAGAAGACAUUCCGACUUUACGAAAUGAAUUUGCCGCUCUCAAAUCUCUUGAAGAAACAAAAAUAAAUACAAAUUCGCAGAAAAAUGAAAUUUCCGGGCCAAAACAAACAGAAGAACAUAUUAAAUACUUGAAAGAAAACUCCAAAGACAAAAAAGACUUCAAUUUAAUACUUUCUGCGCUUCAAGAGUUCGCAAAUUCAGGAGAUUUAGAUACAAUUAAAUGGGCAUGCGCCAACGGAUAUGCAGAUAUUGUUGAUGACCUCGGAAGAGACAUAUUCACCGCAGCAGCUGCUGAAUGUUCUUUAGAUUUGUUGAAAGCUUUAGUUUCUUGCAACGUAGACACAAAACACCUUGACAAAUCAAGAUUGGGACCACUUCACUGGUCAAUACAGAAGAAUCGCUUUGAUAUUGCUGAGUAUUUAGUGGUUAAUAAACUUGUUGACGUAAAUGUUAAAGAUACAUCGGAUCUAACACCACUACACUAUGCGUGUGCAAAGAAUUGUCUGCCAUUAAUCAAAGCUCUUGUUAAUUCUGACGGAAUUAAAAUAAAUCAAAGUAAUCAAAGCGGAAAAACGCCAUUAGACUAUGUUGGAAGAGAUGAUCAAGCAGAUAAAUCAAAGACUGAAGAAGUUAAGUCAUUCUUGGCUUCAAAAGGAGCUAUUUAA